UCAAUUAUCCAAUGGUUUCUGAUAACCUCUGUAAUUUAUGGAGGAAUUCUUAUAGCUUCUUCAGAAAACUAUUAAAAGGAAAUCAUGGUUGAUAAAAGGAGCAAGUAUAGUGCAUCGGUUCGUGAUAAACCAACCACUGCAAGAAGUGUCCAAGACAAUUUUGCUACCGAAUUUUUAAAAUACUCAGAAGAGUACAAUGUCGAUCCAUUACCUAAAAUUAUAAUAAAAAGUAUCGCGGACUUUCACGUUGCAAGCGUCGAAGACGAUGAAUCUCCUAUUUUUUAUUUAACAUACGAGAAGAAAAAGUUAGAUGCUGUGAAGGAAAUUGAGAGUAAAGGUCGUGAAGUAUCAAUCUGCAUUUUGGAUGCACUGAAUUCCACCAUGCAGAAAUUUAACACCAUCACUGUUCUCGAAUUGCCAGAUUGUAAAAUAAAUGCAUUUGGCAUCGUGCUAAUUGCAGAAAUGUUAAUGACAAUUGGAUGUGUGCAAGAUUUGAACUUGGAUAUGAAUCCAAAUCCUCAGGAAAAUUUUCAUUUACUGUGUGCACCUGGUGGAAAUUUAUGGUACUUGUCCCUAAACCUUUGUAAAAUAUCUGACGAUGGAGUAAAGAGAAUCAUGAAUGAAUUAAAGUACCAAGAUGCACCUAAUGAGCCUAAAUUAAGUAUUUUAAACCUAGCUAAUAAUCAUAUUACAAAGGAUGGAGCACUCCAUAUUGGUAGUAUGCUUCGUACGAACAGAUCUUUAAAGUGUCUGGUUUUACUUGGAAACAGAAUAUGCGAUGAGGGAGCAUCGAUGAUCCUACAGAAACUAAAAAUAACGGCUUUAACUCAUGAAGAAAUUAUGGAUAAUCGUCGGAGAAACUUUGCUGAAUUAACAUUGCUCGAUCAAUUGAUGGAAAAAGAGAAAGACGAGGAAACUGACAAAUCGAUAUACGAAGAACAGUCGAGAAAAAGCAGUAAAUCACGAAUACGACACAGUCUAACUAGAAGAUCUAAAAGAUUACACCCCGGUUCCUUGGUCAAAAUUGGAGACGACGAAAGUUUAUAUCAGGCUUCUGAACCUACACGAAGAAAGGAAAUAAUUUAUGGAAGUAACAAAUGUCAUCCCUUUCAAAAUGAAAGUUUCCCAAUAAAUGGAAAUAUAUUUGCAACUGGAAAUCUUGAAUUACAAUACUUAGACUUAAGCUAUAAUUAUUUGUCAAAGACGACUCUGCCAGAAUUCAUAGAAUGCUUAUAUUAUCAGAAUUAUAUGCUAGGAAAAGACAAAACCAAAGGUCUUCUGCAUGUUUUAUUAGAAGGAAAAGGCAUUGAACGAGAAAAUAACCCAGACUGGGUCACGUUUCAGGAACUUUUGCAAUUAAGACAAGAAGGAAAAUCUUUUACAGAGGACACUUUUCGGGAAUUCGUGCCAGAGGAAGCUGAAAUUCUUCGAAAAAACAUCAAACAUUGA